GAGAUCAGGUGGCUGCUGUCCAGCCGUGAAGCAACAACAGGUCCUGCAACAAUGGGAAGGCGAAAUCMGCAUCGCAGGCCGGAAAUGGACARCCAGURCAAGUUCCAUGGGUCAAGUUCGGCUUGACCGAGGCGGAGUACAAGGUCCGCGGCCGCUACGGCAGCUGCUAUUGGUGCAACAACACCAAGCACAAGACCUCCUUGUGCCAGGAUCAGGGGAAGGAGGAUGUGCGACCCCGCCUCAGCUCGGGAAACUAAGCUCCGCGGAAGGUGAGGCGACUCCACCUUCUACUCCGCCAGAUUCGGCCGCCUUGCUAGCGGCCUCCUGCACAUUUGGGGAGAACGCAAAUGUCGCAAGUUCGCGUUACACUUACGAGGACUAUGUUGUCCACUUGGUUCCACCGCUGGACCAACCGCUCCACGUGCAACAAUCCAUCGCAUGCACGGUUUCAUCACCAUCGGCAACCGAUUCGGCACCUUCGCCGCAAUCUAUCGCCGGGGAUUCAACGUCAUGGUCAAGACUUGAUGAGCUCGACCCGUUGACGUUCACGGACUUCCAGUGGAUGCCCGUUCCCUCGACCGGACGAUUGCCGAAACCGCAUUGCAAUGUGCUUAUGGCACAAUUGCGGGAUUACUUGCACACUGCAGUACCAGCUCCGUUGAUGGACGCCGAAGCAGAGGUUGUCGACCUUCACGCUUACAUCGCGAAGAUCGACCGCGAGUUCAAGACGCAACGCAGCAAGCCAACAGGCGUCGCGUACCAUGUCCCAUCCGCGCCGGUUUGGGUCUCCGCGGAAGAGUUUGCACUGGAACAGGAUGUUUCACGCAAACUGCUUCCCAAGUGGUUUGGACCUUGGUUUGUGACAGCAGCCGCGGGCGAUGAGCCCGAUGGCCCUUCAUUUGUGAUCCACAUUCCAGAGCAUUUGACGGUCCAUCCAGUCUUCCACGCCUCGAAGCUGGCAACAUACACGCCAACCAAGAGUGACGACUUUCCGGGCCGACGAUCGCAGGACCCUCCUUCUAUGGAUGGUCAUCAGGAAGUUGACCGCGUCAUCACCGAUCGCAAGUACGGCAGCAAGUCGCGGCAGUACAAAGUCACAUUCAAAGCAUGCGAUCGCGACGACACUCGGUGGAUUUCAGGCGCAGAUUUGAAAGCAUCCGCACCGCUGAUCUACGCGCAUUAUGAAAAGCGGAGGUUAGCUCAGGAAGCUUCACGACCAGCUCCUCCCACCCGGACUGUGGUCCCUCCCUCAGACAGACAGCUUCGCCCUCGCAGGGUGAUCCAGAGUGCGAACAUUCUCCUCGUUGAUAUUGAUAUUGUUGGUGGUGGUGGUGAUGGUGGUGCUGGUGGUGCUGGUGCUGGUGCUGGUGCUGGUGCUGGUGCUGGUGCUGGUGCUGGUGCUGGAGCUGGAGCUGGAGCUGGUGCUGGUGGUGGUGGUGGUGGUAAUAUUGUCAUGGUCAUUUGCGCUUUGCCUAUGAUGAAGCUGAUUCAGAAUUCAUAUGCCGAUGAGUGGAUUAAAUAUAACCUGAAAAGGCAGGACUACUUCCUGCAGAAGAGCAACAAGCCAGAUCCCGACAACGAGAGGAACUUACGAUACUUGGCACGAAAAGCGCCCAAGGCGAAGAAGCCAAUAAAGGAGCGCUUCAUUCUUUCAAGGUUCAGGAAUGUCCCAUUUAAAGUUGACGAUCGCCAGACCAUACCGCUGAAGAGGGACCGGUAAGGCUGUUGAUUGAUUGGCUGUUCAUUCGUCAUCACUGGUGGCAGUGAUUGCUGAUUGUUCAUUCGUCAUCACUGGUGGCAGUGAUUGCUGCUGCCACAGAGUGUAGUUAGUUAAGGGAGAUGUGGUCAGUCCCCCGGACAUAGAUAUCGACAUAGAAGAGAUUUAUCCCUUUCCAUUUCAUCCCAUUGCAUCCAAUUGAAUGCUGUCUAAGUUCUAACCCAUCAAGUCCCACCCAACCCUAAACCCUAAACUCAACGGUACUUUGUUCGGAGCAUUGUAAAGGUCCAAUGAUUCGAUCAAUUGUCCAGACUGUCAAAUCCAAUGUAUUGGUUGACGGAAGGCCAAGAGUUUUGUGAGAACGCUGACAAGUCAUUGAUCAUCGAUUUAUGGGUGAGUACCAAUGAUUGAUUGAUUGAUUGAUUGAUUGAUUGAUUGAUUGAUUGUUCCAUUGAUUGAUCGAUUGAUUGAUCGAUUGAUUGAUUGAGCGACCGAUUGAUUGAUUGAUUGAUUGAUUGAUUGAUUGAUUGAUUGAUUGGAGCUCAGUAAACACAGGAGAGGGUAGGCUUGUGUGCUAGAAAACAGAAAGCAAAAGUUUUGCGUGCACCGUGGAGUCUCUUUGCCAUUGUGAUGAUGCACCACUUCAAGCUGAUGAGUGAUGUGUUUGCUCUUGAGGCGCACUAGGGCAACUCCGCGAUGAGUUAGAGGUUCAGUUUCAGCCGUACUUGUACCUGGCGAGUGGCGGAAGAACAGCUGAUCAACAGUGGUGGGGGGGGGGGAGUUCAAAUCUUGUCUGAUGCAGUAAUGUAAGUGAGUGCCCACUUUUGAAGAAAAUAAAUAUUAAUUAACAACCAAAAAAUAUGAAUGCCCUGUGAUGCUGAAGCCGCUUCUUCUCUGGACAUGCUGCGUAUGUUUUCCUCUUCCUGUUCUUUGACAUAAAAACCAAGAAAUCAUGCGGCCUCCUCCUCCUCCUACUCCUUUUCUUCCUAGUCCUUAUCAAGUUGUUCUUCCUCUUCGUCAUGCUAUUUCUUUCUGUUCCUUUUCUGUGAAAUUCUUUGAGCAAACGAUACAUUAUCGGCGAUGCCCUCGUCCCCAACAACGGCCAUUUCAAGCUCUCCUCUUUCGAGUCAGUCAUUGCAGGGUCUAUGAAGGCGCUCGUGUGGUGAAAUUGGUUUACAGACCACAUUUGAGAUGUGGUGGUGCAUUGUGCCUUGUGGGUUCGAUCGAGUCCCUCUAACUAGCAUCAAGUGAACUCGGUUUUUUUUCUGGGAGGUUUUCGGUUUCUCCCCAGUACGGUUGGUACUGAUGCCCUAGCACCUGGUCUUAAUAUGUUCCGUAGGAUCGCUCUUCUCAGGUAAGAGGGUAGCUAUGACUCUUCAGGGUGUUGAGUCCCUCGGGAAAAUAUUCAUGCCCGUCAGUAUAGACACCGAGUCUGGACGGAAAAUUGUGAAACACUGAGUGAGGCGCACACUUCAUGACAGUUGUUGCACCCUUUCCAGGGUUUAUUAUCCUCUUCUGCACAGGAACAGACAGUGGUAGAUAUGCUUUUUUUGCCAUUUGGUAUAUUUUUUUGCCCUCAGAAAGCUUGGAUUGAUGAUGGAGUAAAGGUUUUGAGUCUUU